AUGGAAAGAUUUUACAACGCCAAGAGAUGCCUGGAGGACAACAGGCUGGCAUAUACAGAGUAUCUUUUGAUAGGGAAGGCCAGUCAUUGGUGGAAUAACAUGAGGUUGAUAUUAGAAGGAAGCCAUAUUCCCAUCUCUUGGGAAGUUUUCAAGAACAAGUUUUAUGAAGAGUACUUCCCAGAUAGCGUCCGGUUCACUAAAGAGGUUGAAUUUCUUCAGUUGGUGCAAGGAGGAAUGUUAGUAUCAGAAUAUACUGAUAAGCUUAAGCAUCUGCUGAGAUUUAAUACCAUGUUUGAGAAUGGAAUGAGCCAAGGUAUUGGAGAAGAACACGUUGGAGGUGGAACAACAAAGGAAGCUGCACCAGUAGAACGUUCGGGGUCCAAUUUCUUCCAAGAGCACUUCAGUCCUCGGGUUCGGUUGGUCAGUUUGGACAAAGGAUCAGUGGCCUGUUUUAAUUAUGAAGGACCCCAUUACAAGUCAACAUGUCCUCAGUUGGUAGGAGGAAAGUUUUGUACUCGGUGCAGGAAGAAUGGCCAUUUGGAGAAUGAAUGUAAUAUGGGAAGAAGGGUAGUUCUAAGGCCUCUAAAUGCUGAAAGAAGUCAACCAAGAGGUGGUGGCCGAGCACAAGUAGUGGGACGCGUCUAUGCAUUGACGGGAGUUGAAGCAGCAAGUUCAGGUAACCUCAUUAUCAGUACUUGCUUGCUGUUUGGUGUUUCUUGCUGUGUGCUGUUUGAUUCGGGGGUAACACAUUCCUUCAUCUCGAAGGCAUGUGUAGAGAAAUUGAGAUUGAUUGAGAGUGAAAUGCAGUUUGAUUUGGUGGUGUCAACCCCAACAGCUGGUGAGGUUAGGACGUCUAUUGUGUGCAUUGGAUGUCCUAUUGAGGUUGAUGGACAUAGAUUUAAGAUGAAUCUUAUUUGCUUACCUCUCCAAGGCUUAGAGGUAAUUCUAGGAAUGGAUUGGUUGACUGCCAAUCACAUUCUUAUUGAUUGCGGAGAGAAGAAGUUGAUUUUUCCUAGUGAAGAAGAGAACCUGUCGUUGUCUAUCACUCAACUAAGGGUAGAUCUAAUGGAAGGCGUUAGUUUUUUCUUGAUACUGUCUCAUUUGGAAGAGCAACGUUCAAAUCUUUCGAUACAAGGUGGGCAGAGUGAAAACCGUUCAGUUGUAAUGGAAUUCCUGGAUGUUUUUCCUGAAGAGGUGUCAGGAUUAACUCCUCCAAGAAAAGUGGAAUUCUCCAUAGAUCUGGUGUCUAAAGCAGGACCAGUAUCUAUAGCGCCAUACCGAAUGGCUCCAUCAGAGUUGGCCGAGCUCAAGAAGCAGAUUGAAGAGUUAAUGGAGAAGCAAUUCAUUCGGCCAAGUGCAUCACCGUGGGGUGCUCCUGUGCUACUUGUUAAGAAGAAGGAUGGCAGCUCUCGGCUUUGUGUUGAUUAUAAACAAUUGAACAAGCUGACAAUAAAAAAUAAGUACCCCUUAAAAAGAAUUAAUGAUUUGAUGGAUCAACUGAAUAGGGCUACUGUAUUUUCUAAGAUUAAUUUAAGAUCAGGAUAUCACCAGAUUUUGGUUAAGGAAGGAGACGUCCAGAAGACUGCAUUCAGGUCUCGGUAUGGUCACUAUGAGUAUGUAGUAAUGCCGUUCAGUGUUACUAAUGCUCUAGCCAUAUUCAUGGACUAUAUGAAUCACAUUUUUAGACCUUUCUUGGACAAGUUUGUGGUCGUUUUUAUUGAUGAUAUCCUCAUUUAUCCAAGUGCGAAUUUUGGAUGGAAGAAGUACAAUUUUUAG